GCGAGCGGUACCUUUUCACAUUUAUUGGUCAGUUGAUAGCAAUGAUGCAAGUCCGUCUGUUCCCAUUGGCUGACUGCUCAUAGAGGGCGGAGCCUCUGGGAGACAGUUGUGCAGGCUUUCUGGAGCUCAGCCCAGCACUCUGCGGGAGAAGAGCCACUCCCAGGGAUAUUUGGAAGGAUAAAGGGCGAUGACCACACCUGCAGGCUCCGGCGCCGGCUUCGGCUCUGUGUCCUGGUGGGGUCUGUCCCCAGCGCUGGAUCUACAGGCUGAAAGUCCUCCCGUGGACCCAGAGUCACUGGCAGAGACAGAGCACAAGAUCCCGGAGUUGGAUGUCCUGCUGUUAGGCUCUGUGGAUGGGCGACACAUGCUGCGGACGCUGUCCAGAGCGGCGCUCUGGCCUCGCAGGAGAUUCAAUUUCUAUGUGCUGGAGAAUAAUCUGGAAGCCGUGGCUCGACACAUGCUGAUCUUCAGCCUAGCCCUCGAGGAACCAGAGAAGAUGGGGCUCCAAGAGCGAUGUGAGACUUUCCUGGAGCUGUGGGGGAACGCGCUCCUACGACCCUCGGUAGCUGCCUUUGUGCGCACCCAGUCUAGCCGCCUGGCCCAUCUGGUGCCUGAACCGGAUCGCCUGGAGGAGCAAGUACCCUGGCUCAGCCUCCGGCCUCUCAAGUUCCGCGAGCGGGAUGCCCUGGAGGCCGUGUUCCGCUUCUGGUCAGGUGGGGAGAAGGGACCUGAGGUCUUCCCCAUGAGUCGCCUUUGGGACUCGAGGCUGCGCCACUACCUGGGUUCUCGCUACGAUGCCCGGCGUGGUGUUGCCGACUGGGACCUGCGCAUGAAGCUGCAGGAUCGAGGGGCCCAAGUCAUCCACAUCCAGGAAUUCCGACGCUGGCGGGACACAGGUGUUGCCUUUGAACUCAGAGACGCCAGUGCUUACCACGUGCCCAACAGGACCCUGGCGUCGGGUCGCCUCCUGAGCCACCGUGGGGAACGCGUGGCAGCGCGCGGGUACUGGGGGGACAUCGCCACGGGCCCCUUUGUGGCUUUUGGCAUCGAGGCGGACGACCAGAGCCUUUUGCGGACGAGUAACGGACAACCGGUCAAGACUGCGAGCGACAUCACGCUGCACAAUGUUACAGAGCUGUUCAGAGAAGUGGCCGCCUGGAGGGGCCCGAGAGCCAUCCAGGGGUACCUGGAGGAGACGAAGUCGCCGGAGCCGGACGCGCCUACUCAAGAACCCUUUACUAUGCACUUUCUGCCUCUGGAUUCUUCGCAGACUCUCCACCAUAAGACCUGCUACAAGGGCCGGUUCCAGCUGCUCUACGUAGCCUGUGGGAUGGUCCAUCUUCUCAGCCCUGAGCUUGCGGCUUGUGUGGCCCCUGGAGGGAACCUCGUUGUGGAAUUAGCUCGGUACUUGGUGGACCUGAGACCCAAGGAGUUGAAGGCGUUUUCUGACCGUGUCGGGGAGAUAGCGCGGGCCGCAGGGUUCGCCCCUCAUACUGGAGCCAUCCCCUCGGAGACCUUUGCACGCUUCUACAAGUUAGGGGACUCAACUCGGGGUGGUGGAGACUCAGCUGUGGAAUCUGGACCUGCGCCCUGCAAAGUCCUAGCCCCUCCUCUAGAAGCGAUGAGCCCACUCCAGGCUGACCAGGCCCCUCUUCUAGAAGCGAUGAGCCCACCCCAGGCUGAGCAAGCCCCUCCUCUAGAAGCACUGAGCCCACCCCAGGCUGACCAGGCCCCUCCUCUAGAAGCGAUGAGCCCACCCCAGGCUGACCAGGCCCCUCCUCUAGAAGCACUGAGCCCACCCCAGGCUGACCAGGCCCCUCCUCUGAAAGCAAUGAGCCCACCCCAGGCUGACCAGGCUCUUCCUCUAGAAUCAAUCGGCCUGCCCCAGUCUGACCUAGCCCCUCGGGAAGUGAUAAAUCCACCCGCGGCAAUGUCCACGGUGAAUGCACCUCCAAAACCCAGAGACCAAGUUAACCACUAAAGCAGGCCCCAGGAUUGACAGCAGCUCAUAUAACCAACCCUCAGCCCACCGCUGGCUGGAAUGAGGUUUUACUCUGCGUUCUUUCUCAACCCCAGUGAUAUAACUAGAAUUUGAGAUUACUUUCCUGGAACUCUCAGCUCUACGAUUUGGGUGCGGGGUGCGGAGUGUGUGUCCUAGACUGUUCUCUGAGUUAUCCCAAGGCUAAUUGCAGGCUGGAGGCACAAGCCUGGGUUCCAGGUCCUCCCCUUUGCCUUGGGCCUUUCUCUCCUGACAUGCUACUGUUGGGAGGGCCAGGGACAUCUCCCCCCCCCCCUACAUGUGGUUCAAAUAAAGAGUGCAGGGUCA